AGCAAAAUGGCGGAAAGUCCAAAACAAACUCAAAAGAAGAUAACAUCUUUUACAUCAGAAAGCCAAAACAGCCAAGAUUCAUUCGSGGAAAAUGAAUCUAAAACUCCAAAGAAAUCUCCAAAGAAGAAGAAAUCAAAACAAAAGGAUGUUAGCACAUCAGAAACUGAGACCACAAACAAGGUACAAAAUGCGCGCGAGAAUUUGACUCCAAACGGCGAUGUAAGCAAUUCUACAAGUCCAGCAUCGUCUAAACGACAGCCAUGGACAUUUGAAGAAGAAGAAAUGCUUUAUAAAAAGGUUGGUGAAUAUCUAGAAAGCAAGGAAGCUAGUGAAGGAGCAAAGAAGAAAUGUGUAUUUUUGAAGAGCAUCGAUUGGGAUAAGGUGCCAUUGUGUGGCGAGCGUACGACAGAAGAAGCCAAAGCAAGGUUCAUGCUGCUCUCAAACAGAGUUAGAAAGACAAGAACAGCGAUGGAAAUACUACAAGACAUGAAAAACAGCCACAAGAAAAGUAUGGAAACCCCAGCUGUUAACAGAAAGAGGAAAGCUCCAGUAGACCCUGACCUACCAAAGAAGCCCAUUACUUCAUACAUGCUAUUUUAUCAAGCAAAGAAAGCCAAACUACUGGAAAAACAUCCUGAUCUAACAGUAAUAGAAAUUAGUAAAAAGCUGGGUAAGAGAUGGAGAAAUUUGUCUGAUGAAAAGAAGCAAAAGUAUAGUGACCAAUGGCAUCAGGACAUGGAGGAAUACAAUCACAAAAUGGUUGAGUAUCUUAAAAAUCACCAUCCUGAAGUAGAACCUCCACUUACAGCAUUUGACAUUUGGGCUGAAGAAGAGCGUAAACAAAUAGAAAGUGAUAAACCUGAAAUAUCAGAAAAGAAAUUGAAAAAGAAACUCAAUAGAAGAUGGGAGAAUCUGGAUGAAAGUGAGAAAACCAAAUGGACUGAGAAAGAGAAGAAAGAAGUGAAGAAAUACAAGAAAAGAAUUGUCAUUUCAGAGAAAAAAGCUAAAACUGAAGUGUAAUGUACUUUAUUAUACUUUAAAUUUUUCAUUUUUUAGGAGGUUUUACUUGAUUAUUAAAUUUAAGAACAUACCUACUAAAAAAWACAUACCUACUAGUAAAAACAGUCUCAACAAUCUUAAUGAUCUUUCAGAUCAUAUUUCAAUAAAGUGUAAGGCCUUAACAUAAAACAAAACUGAUUUUAAGUAUUUUCAGAAGUGCAGAGCACAUAAUAUUUUGACUACUUCACUAAUGUGAACUAAUAAAACUAGGUUAUGUUCUUUGUAAUUAUAGACCUUAGAUUCAAUUCAAUUAUUCAAAUAUUAAAUGGAGUCAAGCAUUUUAAUUAUAUUCUAUUGGAACAUUCCAGCUAAUC